AUGUCGUUGCAACGACGCGAAACCGCGAAUUUGGACGAGCUGGCUGCUCCUGCGCCACUGGAUACUUCAGGGGACGAAUAUGCAGGACCUGUCCCGACAGCGGCGGAUCCGGAAGAGCCUAGUCCUCGCAGCUCACCCCGGCUGCCUUCGAUAUCUUCUCGUCGACGACGGUCACACAGCUUGCAUCAUGGUGGAACAGCAGCAGCAGACCAUGCAUCAACAUCAUCAUCAAUCCCAUAUGCUGCCAAUCUGGGAGAAGUCGGGCCUGAUCCCGUGCAGAACCCCGAUGAGCGGCGCUUCUCCUUGCAUACGACGCUCGAGGAUUUCCGACAGGGGCGGCGCCAGCGGUCGUCUACACCGCCUCAAGGACGACGACGGGAAAGCCGGAGCCGCGGGCGUCGCCGAUCUCGUGCAAAUAGCAUCAUGGUCGGCGAGCUGGGCCAUCUUCGCCGGCAUCCCUCGUACGCAGAACGACAACAGAGCCUGGAAAUGCCCGACAGAUAUGCAAAUCUCGACGAGCUGGGCCCGCCUCCUAUUGAUGAGCCCUAUGAAGACACCCAACCACGCACUACUAUCCGAAGACGAGCAACCAUUCAAACUCCACCGCCAAACAGACGUGCUACUGCCACCGGUGGUGGCGCCCCCAGAGAGUCUUCAGCAAUCCGACGGCGGCGGUCGUCAGUGUUUGGUUCAGAGAGCCCGGAAGCAGGAGGAGGAGAUGAGCACAUCGAGUUUGAUCUCCCCGACAACUUUGCCAAUCUCGACGGACUCGCGGGCCCGUCUCCGCUCCAGAAUCCCCACGAGGCGGCAUACUACCGGCAUCGGUCGCUGGAGGAGUCGCGCGCGUGGGAAAAGGAGCACCGACGAGAAGAACUCGAGCGGCGGCGCAGUCGCGGCGCGUCGCUUGCCGGUGAAUUGCAAGCUGCCCAGGCGCAUGUUGCGGCCCAGGACGCCGCGAGAAAGGCGGAAAAGGAACGCCUCGAAGCCCUGGCCCAGCAAGAGCGGCCAUGGUAUCGCAAAUACGCCCUCUCUUCUACCAACGCAACCCAACUCUACACAGUCUCCUACCUCAUCUUCUUCUCCAUCUUCGGCACCCUCGCCCGGCUCGGCCUGCAAUGGCUCACCAUGUACCCCGGCGCACCUGUCGCCAUGGGCGAACUCUGGGCCAAUUUCGCAGGCAGCCUGUUUAUGGGUUUCCUCAGUGAAGACCGCAAACUGUUCCGCGAAGAAUGGGGCAAAUCGGUCAAAGUCGCAGAAGCAGAGGCCGAGGCCGAGGCCGAGGCGGACGCAGAGGGAGACACGACGACCACGACCACCACUUCUACACCUCCCAACGAAUCCCCUCCCAAUGGAGAGAGCAACGGCGCAUCCUCAUCUACCAUUGACGACACCGAAAAACAAGCAGGACAACAAGAACAACCACCCCCGCCCCCGCCCGCCGACCGCGCCGCUCUGCUCGCCGCCCACGUCAAAGUGAAAAAGACACUGCCGCUCUUCAUCGGCCUCGCCACGGGCUUCUGCGGUUCCUUUACCACCUUUUCGUCCUUUAUGCGCGACACUUUUCUCGCGCUCUCCAACAACCUGCCCACGCCCGUCUCGCACCCCUCUCCCGUGGCUGUAUCUUCGUCAUCCACUGUCCCCCGCAACGGCGGAUACAGCUUCAUGGCCGUCCUGGCCGUCCUCAUCCUGACGCUCUGUCUCUGCAUGUCCGCGCUCAAAAUCGGCGCACACCUCGCCCUCUUGCUCGAGCCCGUCCUCCCUACGCUCCCGUUCCUCUUUAUGCGCAAAGUCUUUGACCGCGUCAUGGUCUUUGUCGCGUGGACGUCCUGGCUCGGCGCCGUCUUUCUCGCCAUCUGGCCUCCUGACCGCUCUUCUUCUUCAAAAGACCACUGGCGCGGCGAGGCCGUCUUCGCCAUCGUCUUCGCCCCGCUCGGCUGCCUGCUCCGUUUCUACCUGAGUUUGCUGCUCAACGGCCUCGUCGCCUCUUUUCCCCUCGGCACGUUUACCGUCAACGUCUUUGGCACUGCUGUGCUCGGCAUGGCGUAUGACUUGCAGCACGUCCGUCUUCCUGCUGGCGGCGGUGGUAGUACGGCAGCAUCCCUGGGCAUUGUCGGCGGCGGCGUCACGGGCUGUCAGGUCCUCCAGGGCAUCAUGGACGGCUUUUGCGGCUGCUUGACCACCGUGAGCACUUGGGUCAUGGAACUCAAUGGCUUGAGAAGACGACACGCGUAUGUCUACGGCCUCGUCAGCGUCGGCGUGUCUCUUGCGCUCUUGGUCCUCAUCAUGGGCAGUGUCCGCUGGACGGUCGGGUGGAGUUCGCCUGUCUGUUCUACCGGAGCUAGAUAGUCCCUCUAUUAUUA